AUGGCAUCUUUCAAGACCACCGCUGCGAACGGGUCGUAUCCUUACCUUGAAACAACCUUCAAGGGUUCCAGCAACGGAUUCGAAAAUACUACGCGUGACGCCGCCACAGUCCCCGAAGAUGAGUCUCACCAGAUCAUCUCAUCAUACUUCAUUGGGCCUCGGGCAGAGAACUUGCCAUACUUCAAGGAGAACAUCGAAAUCAUUUUGAACAACCUCAAACAGGCGAGACUGGACUAUCGCUUUGACAAUGAUGCAGAUUUCAUCGACGAGAAAACGCAGGAAUCUGCAGCCUUCAAGAGAUCCAAGGACAAGCUUAGGAAUGCAGUCGAUAAGGCCUCAGAGAUUCUUGGCCGAACAAGCAUUCCUUUCUGGUCACCUCGGUACCAGGCGCACAUGUGCACCGAUAUGAGCAUGGCCUCGCUGCUCGGCUACUUCAUGACGAUGCUCUACAACCCGAACAAUGUCGCGCUUGAAGCGAGUCCUCUUUCGACACUCGCUGAGAUUGAGGUCGGGGAGCAGCUCUGCGACCUCUUUGGCUACAACAUCAACGAGGAGAACACUGAGUCCCCCACAGGCUGGGGUCACGUCACAUGCGAUGGCACGGUUGCUAAUCUUGAAUCCAUGUGUAUCUACCCAUCACCUAUCUUAAUGGCUCACCGCAUUCAAGCUCGAAAUCUCAAGUUCUACCCUCUGUCCCUUCGCAAGGCAUUUGACGAGGGUCAGAAGCUUGAAUUUCUCAAGGAUAGCUUCCACGUCGAGACUUGCCAGGGGGAGCGAAAGCUUUUCACACAUCUUUCGACCUGGGAAUUGUUGAACCUCAAGCCGUCUGAUGUCCUUGACCUCCCUGAUCGACUUUACCAGGAACAUGGAAUUUCCAACAAGUUCCUCUCCGAUCUUAUGAACGAGUUCACCAUCCAGUCCACAGGCAAAGACGAUCUGGAAAGGGAAUUUGGUAUCGACAAGCCCGGUCAAUACAUGCUGGCCAACACUCGACACUACUCAUGGCCCAAAGGAGCUGCUAUCUGCGGUCUGGGUUCCAAGAAUGUGGUCGGUAUUCCCGUGGAUCUGGGAGCACGUCUCGAUAUUACCGAGCUAGAGAACCAGCUUUGGGAGAGUCUCGAAAGCAAGCAGCCGGUCUACGCAGUUGUGGGAAUCAUGGGAACAACUGAAGAGGGUGCUGUGGACAGCCUUAGCAGCAUUCUCGCCCUUCGAAAGCAGUUCCAGUCACGAGGCCUAUCAUUCCUCGUCCAUGCUGACGCUGCGUGGGGAGGAUACUUCUGCUCAAUGUUGCCGAAGGACUACCGCCCUGGCGACGUCAUCAACCUUCCCACUGAGAUGGGUGCUACUGAUGGGUUUGUCCCUGACGCCAGCCUGCGCGCUGAAACCCAGGAAGAUUUGUACGCCAUGCGCUUUGCUGACUCCAUUACUGUUGACCCGCACAAGGCCGGUUACAUUCCUUACCCCGCGGGUGGUCUCUGCUACCGCGACAACCGCAUGCGUUUCUUGGUGACAUGGACAAGUCCUUACCUAUCGCGUGGAUCAGUCACCAGCAUCGGCAUCUAUGGGGUUGAGGGAAGUAAGCCUGGAGCUUCGGCCAUGUCAGCCUGGCUCUCCAACAAGACCAUUGGUCUUACCCAGGAGGGAUAUGGCGCCUUAUUGGGAGAGGUCACUUGGACCUGCACUCGGCUUUCCGCGGAGUGGGCAUCCCUGACCGACGCAUCCAGCCCUUUCAUCUGUGUACCCUUCAACAUGCUUCCAUCUGAGCUUGAGGAUAAUGCGACGGAAGACAGAGUUGAGGCCGAGAAGAAGCGCAUUCGCACCGACAUCGUCCUGAAGACCAACGCUAGCAUUAUGAAAGACGACCAGCACCGACCUGACGACCAGAAGGCUAUCAAGCUUAUGCGGGCGCUUGGGUCUGAUUUGAACAUCAAUGCUUUCUCACUGAACUUUCGAUACGCGGACGGAUGCCUCAACGACGACAUCGAAGAAGCCAACUACCUCAUGCAGAGAGUCGUGGAGACAUUCUCAGUCGACAGCCCCACUGAUGAUCCCACCAAGAUUCCUCUGUACCUCACUUCUACCGAGUUCUCAGACGAACUCUACGGGAAGUGCAAGGCAAACUUCGUGAAGCGACUUGGUCUGGCACCGAGCACACAAGAUUUGAUGGUCUUGCGAAAUGUCGUCAUGUCUCCGUUCCCAAGUGACGGCAACUUCACCAACGAUCUUGCCGAGGAGUUCAAAAAGGUGGUUGAAGCUGAGACUGAGGUCGUUCGCAAACGCAACACGCUGGCUCAAGACUUCCACAAAUUCCUCAUCCAGGGAGCAGAGAAGAUCUAUCUCAUUCACAGGCCCAUGUUCCACGUCGCAAACCAUCGACAGCAACUCAUCAUGUCUGCCAAAUUUGAUGAUCGAUCUGAGGCAAAAUACGCCGACAUGAAGAAUUCAAACCCAUCGGAACCCCUCAUUCUCGUGACGAAGCGAAAGGUCAUGCUUAAAGACAUUGCGGAGCGGGGCGGAAGAUUUGAAGGACAGAUUAUGACAGAAGAUUCUGGCAUCGUCAUCCAGGAUGUCAUGGUCACACUCGGGAAGACGGUUGUGAGUCGACCAUUGAACUCCAAGUGGCGGCUUGAGGAGUAUCCGAGCACCUUCAUGCCAUUCUACCUCUACGGAACCCCAACGGAGGCAAACAUCGACCACGUGAUCGUCCGCGCUCCGAACACGCAGCUUUCGGCAGGCCGGUGUGACCUCAAGUUCUACAAUGAGAAUGACAUGGACCCCGGAAUUUGGAACAAGCCCUUGGUCUUGCUCAUCGAAGAUGUUCGCGAGGCCCCGAUGCAGCCUUUCCCACCGAACAAUGAGAUCGGCAGCAAGAAUGGCGCGAUCGUUGCUCACGACGACUAUCAUCGCCAGAAUGCUUCGAAGACUGCUUCUACGGAGGCCAAAGUUACCCAAAAGAACGGACCAAGGGAUUGGUAUCAGAACGGUCGCAGCAACUGGUACGGCAAUGGCAACAGCAACUUUGCAAAGAAUGUUGUGAAUGAAGCACAGAAGAAAUAUCUAUCCAACAUUACUUGUUCGCGUGGUCCAAAGAAGGAUGCGAAUGGAAACAGCAAUGGCGAGGCGAAGGGGCACAACAUGGAUGACACCCCCGAGCCACACACCAAGGCGAAGGUCCUAACCACGGAGACGCGCAGUGGUGCUGCCAGGGGGUCGAACUUCUUCUUCCGUCCGGGGGCGACGUUCAAGGUUGGGGUAUGGGAAGACAAGAACAGGUCUGACGACAGUUCCAAGUGGGCUUGCUUUGAGCUGGGCAAGUUUGUCGGCCGUGGGACCAUUACUCUUGGCGACAGCGUGUUCGUCGACAGCGAGGCAAUGAACUUCGACCCCUUCAAGAGGGUAGAGAAGGUUACGGAGUGGCGCCGGGAGUUCGAUCAGAUUGGCAAGGAAUUGGCCUAG